AUGGGGACUCCCAAGGCCCAGCACCCGCCGCCUCCCCAGCUGCUGUUCCUAAUUCUGCUGAGCUGUCCCUGGAUUCAGGGUCUGCCACUGAAGGAGGAGGAGGCAUUGCCACAACCUGGAAGUGAGACCCCCACAGUGGCCUCUGAGGCCCUGGCUGAGUUGAUUCAUGGGGCCCUGCUGAGGAAGGGUCCCGAAAUAGGCUACUUGCCGGGAUCCGAUCCAGACCCCACACUAGCCACCCCCCCAGCGGGCCAGACUCUCGCAGCACCCUUCCUGCCGCGGGCCACUGAGCCAGGGACUGGACCUCUGACCACAGCUGUAACCCCCAAAGGGGUCAGGGGAGCAGGACCCACUGCGCCGGAGCUGCUGACCCCGCCCCCGGGCACCACAGCCACGCCCCCUCCUGGCCCUGCCUCCCCAGUCCCGCCUCUGGGUCCGGAGGGAGGAGAAGAGGAGACCACAACGACCAUCAUCACUACGACAACGGUCACCACCACAGUCACCAGCCCAGUUCUGUGUAAUAACAACAUCUCUGAGGGCGAAGGGUUCGUGGAGUCUCCAGAUUUCAGCAGUCCCUCCAGCCGCACAGUGGGGCUCCUGGACUGCACCUACAGCAUCCAUGUCUACCCCGGCUACGGCAUAGAGAUCCAGGUGCAGACGCUGAACCUGUCUCAGGAGGAAGAGCUCCUCGUGCUGGCUGGUGGGGGGUCCCCAGGCCUGGCCCCCCGACUCCUAGCCAACUCCUCCAUGCUGGGAGAAGGACAGGUCCUUCGGAGCCCAACCAACCGGCUGCUUCUGCACUUCCAGAGCCCACGGUCCCCAAGGGGAGGUGGCUUCAGGAUCCACUAUCAGGCCUACCUCCUGAGCUGUGGCUUCCCUCCCCGGCCGGCCCAUGGGGAUGUGAGUGUGACAGAUCUGCACCCUGGGGGCACUGCCACCUUCCGCUGUGACUCAGGCUACCGGAUGCAUGGUGAGGAAGCCGUCCUCUGCCUCAACAGUACCCGGCCCGUCUGGAGUGGUGAACCCCCCAGCUGCUCAGCAUCCUGUGGGGGCACCAUCCACAAUGCUACCCUGGGCCGCAUCGUGUCCCCCGAGCCCGGGGGAGCAGCGGGGCCCAACCUCACCUGCCGUUGGGUCAUUGAAGCAGCUGAGGGACGCCGCCUACACCUGCAUUUUGAGAGGGUCUCACUGGAUGAGGACAAUGACCGGAUGGUGGCUGGGAUUGGAAGAGCCCAGGGAGCCCUCGCCAGAGGCCAGCAAGAUAACAGCUGUGUGAGGGAGGAGUGUUCAGCCUUUGAGGAGGAUCGCUGCUUUGCUCCCUUCCUGGCACAUGGCAACGUUACUACCACAGACCCUGAGUACCGCCCAGGGGCACUGGCCACCUUCUCAUGCCUGCCCGGAUAUGCUCUGGAACCUCCAGGGCCCCCCAAUGCCAUCGAAUGUGUAGAUCCAACAGAACCCCACUGGAAUGACACAGAGCCAGCCUGCAAGGCCAUGUGUGGUGGGGAGCUGUCUGAGCCUGCUGGCGUGGUCCUCUCCCCUGACUGGCCCCAGAGCUACAGCCCUGGCCAGGACUGCGUGUGGGGCCUGCAUGUCCAGGAGGAGAAACGCAUCUUGCUGCAGGUUGAGAUUUUGAACGUGCGAGAAGGGGACAUGCUGACACUCUUCGACGGGGACGGUCCCAGUGCCCGGGUCCUGGCCCAGCUGCGGGGACCUCAGCCGCGCCGCCGCCUCCUCUCCUCCGGGCCCGACCUCACGCUGCAGUUCCAGGCGCCCCCCGGGCCCCCAAAUCCGGGCCUGGGUCAGGGUUUCGUAUUGCACUUCAAAGAGGUCCCGAGGAACGACACCUGCCCCGAGCUGCCCCCUCCGGAAUGGGGCUGGAGGACAGCGUCCCACGGGGACCUGAUUCGGGGCACGGUGCUCACGUACCAGUGCGAGCCCGGCUACGAGCUGCUGGGCUCGGACAUCCUCACCUGCCAGUGGGACCUGUCCUGGAGCGCUGCGCCGCCCGCCUGCCAAAAGAUCAUGACCUGUGCCGACCCUGGAGAGAUCACCAAUGGGCACCGGACGGCGUCAGACGCUGGCUUUCCCGUGGGCUCCCACGUGCAAUACCGCUGUCUGCCGGGGUACAGCCUGGAGGGGGCAGCCGUGCUCACCUGCUACAGUCGGGACACAGGCACACCCAAGUGGAGCGACCGGGUCCCCAAGUGCGCCUUGAAGUAUGAGCCGUGCCUGAACCCUGGGGUCCCGGAGAAUGGCUACCAGACACUCUAUAAGCAUCACUACCAGGCCGGCGAGUCUCUGCGCUUCUUCUGCUAUGAGGGCUUUGAGCUCAUUGGCGAGGUGACCAUCACCUGUGUGCCCGGCCACCCCUCGCAGUGGACCAGCCAGCCCCCACUCUGCAAAGUGGCCUAUGAGGAGCUCCUGGACAACCGAAAACUGGAAGUGACCCAGACCACGGACCCGUCACGGCAGCUGGAGGGUGGAAACCUCGCCUUGGCCAUCCUGCUGCCCCUAGGCCUGGUCAUUGUCCUGGGCAGUGGCGUUUACAUAUACUACACCAAGCUGCAGGGAAAAUCCCUCUUCGGCUUCUCAGGCUCGCACUCCUACAGCCCCAUCACCGUGGAGUCGGACUUCAGCAACCCACUGUAUGAAGCUGGGGACACGCGCGAGUAUGAAGUUUCCAUCUGA